CUUCCUCCUUUUCCACACAUAUACACAUAUACAUACAUAUAUAUAUAUAUCUUCUUUCCAGGCAGAGGAUCAACAAGACGCCCCAUCAGAAGAACCCCACAACCACCUCGGCAAAAUGACCCACAACGACAAAGAAUUCCGCUGCAGCCACCAACAGGGGCCGGCCAGCUACGCCCGCCGCGCCGUCUGCACGUGCCUGACCGUCUUCCUCCUCCUCGCGGGCGUCACCGUCCUCGUCUUAUGGCUCGUCUACCGCCCCCACAAGCCGCGCUUCGCAGUCGCGGGCGCCGCCAUCUACAACUUCAACGUCUCGUCGUCGCUUCCACCGCAAGUCUGCGCCACCAUGCAGUUCACCAUCGUGACGCGCAACCCCAACCGGCGGGUCACCAUCUACUACGACCGGCUGGCCGCCUUUGUGGCGUACCGGAACCAGGGGAUAACGCCGCAGGUGAUGCUGCCGCCGCUGGUCCACGGGCGGCGGAGCACGGUGGCAAUGUCACCGGUGCUAGGCGGGGGGCAGGCGGUGCCGGUGGCGGUGGAGGUGGUUAACGGGCUGGCGGUGGACGAGGCGUAUGGGGUGGUGGGGCUGAGGGUGGUGCUGCUUGGCAGGCUGAGGUGGAAGACUGGGGUGGUGAAAACAGGACAUUAUGGGAUUUAUGUUAAGUGUGAUGUUUUGGUUGGUUUGAAGAAAGGUGUUGUGGGUCAAGUUCCUUUGCUUGGAUCUCCUGUUGGUUGUAAAGUUGAUAUAUGAGGAUCGGUUUAAUUGAUUUAGGUGAGAAUGAAUUAAAGCUUCUUUUACUUGAUGUUUGAUUAUCUGUAAAACUGAGGAUCAAGUAGUAGAUAAUAUGGAAGUUUAGAGUAGUUGAUGAGAUCAAAUAUUAUCAUGCAUGUUCAACUGAACAAAUUAAAGAUAAUAUGAAG